AUGGUGAAGGGAGGGGGCGGGAAGGAGACGCUCACCGCCUCCUUCCUCCGCUUCCUCCUCCUGCUCCUCCUCCCCCUCACCGCCCUCUACUUCUUCUACACGCUGCACCUCCUCCUCACCUCCGCGUCGUCGGCCGCCUCCAACUGCGCGCCUGACGCCGCGUCGGUCUCCCGGCACGUGGUGUUCGGCAUCGCGGCGUCGUCGCGGUUCUGGGACAAGCGUAAAGAGUACAUCAAGGUGUGGUGGCGCCCGCGCGGCGCCAUGCGCGGCUACGUGUGGCUGGACCGCGAGGUGCGCGAGUCCAACAUGUCCACGGCGCGCACGGGGCUCCCGGCCAUCAGGAUCUCGUCCGACACCUCGGCGUUCCCCUACACGCACCGCCGCGGCCACCGCUCCGCCAUCCGCAUCUCCCGCAUCGUCUCCGAGACGUUCCGCCUCGGCCUCCCCGGCGUGCGCUGGUUCGUCAUGGGCGACGACGACACCGUCUUCUUCCCGGACAACCUCCUCACCGUGCUCAACAAGUUCGACCACCGCCAGCCCUACUACAUCGGCUCCCUCUCCGAGAGCCACCUGCAGAAUAUCUACUUCUCCUACGGGAUGGCGUACGGCGGCGGCGGCUUCGCCAUCAGCCGCCCGCUGGCCGAGGCGCUCGCGCGGAUGCAGGACGGCUGCCUCCGCCGGUACCCGGCGCUGUACGGCAGCGAUGACCGGAUCCAGGCGUGCAUGGCGGAGCUGGGCGUGCCGCUCACCAAGCAUCCGGGGUUCCACCAGUACGACGUGUACGGCGACCUCCUGGGCCUCCUCGCGUCCCACCCGGUUGCGCCGAUCGUGACGCUGCACCACCUCGACGUCGUGAAGCCGCUGUUCCCGGACGCGAGGUCGCGCCCCGCGGCGGUGCGGCGGCUGUUCGACGGACCGGUGAAGCUGGACACGGCGGGGCUGAUGCAGCAGUCCAUCUGCUACGACGGCGCCAACCGUUGGACGGUGUCCGUGGCGUGGGGGUUCACGGUGCUGGUGGCUAGGGGCAUAAUGUCGCCUCGGGAGAUGGAGAUGCCGGCGCGCACGUUCCUCAACUGGUACCGCCGCGCCGACUACACGGCGUACGCGUUCAACACGAGGCCCCUGGCGCGCAGCCCGUGCCAGAAGCCCGCCGUGUACUACCUGUCGUCGGCGCGGCGCCAGGCCCGCCGCGGCGGAGGGGAGACCACGGUGACGCGGUACGAGCGGUGGCGCCACCCGAACGAGACGCGGCCCGCGUGCCGGUGGGACAUAGCCGACCCGGACGCGCAUCUCGAUCACAUCGUCGUCCUGAAGAAGCCUGACCCCGGGCUCUGGGACAGGUCCCCCAGGCGAAAUUGCUGCAGAGUGGUGUCUUCGCCCAAGGAUGGGGAGAACGGAGAGAAGACGAUGACCAUCGAUGUACGCGUAUGCAGGGAAGGCGAGUUCAGCCAAGUAGCAGGAGCAUGA